GGCAGAGUUUUGGACUAGUUGGAGACGGGAGAUGGUGGUCGGGGUAAUACCUGAGUAGAAGGAGUUGCAGUCCAGCCUGGACUAUAUGAAUGCAUGAAUAAGUGUUACUGGACCUGACAACAUAAUUUAAAUGCCUGUAAAAUCUUAAAUUAUUGUCAUAUAACACACAGAGGUUCUUCACAUAUGGUGUGAUACAGGGGGAGAGGUGAGUGAGGUUCUAGGCGGUAGCAGUAAUAUGACAUGGGGGGCCAAAGAGGAAAAAGACUUCUGUCUUGUCCUCAUUUAGCUGAAGGAAGUUCUGAGCCAACCAGUCUUCGAUGUCUUCAAAACAAUUUUCUAUUCAGAUGAUGUCAGUCUGACUUUAGAACUGAGGGGGAGGUAGAUCUGCAUGUCAUCGGUGUAACAAUGGAAGGAGAUGUUGUGUCUUGUGUUGUGUCUAUUUUUUUCCUAGCAGGAGCAUGUACAGACUGAAGAGAAGUGGUCCUAAAACUGAGCCCUGAGGAACCCCACGUGUAAUAUUUGCAGGUGUGGAGGAGGAGGAGCUACCAAUGGAAACACCGACUUGUCUGAGAUGUAGGAGCAGAACUAAUCAAGGGCAGGACCAGAGAUGUCAACCCUGUGUGAUGGAGGCGAUGGAGGAAAAUUUUGUGGUCAAAAGUGUUUAAGGCUGCGCUGAGGUCUAAAAUAAUUAAAAUAGAGCAUUUGCAGGUAUCCACAGGGCAGAGGAGGUCAUUUGUUACCCUUAAAAGAGCUGUCACGCGGGCGCGGCAACACAUGGGUGUUGUAACUAGUUUUCAUAAAAGGUACAGGGAACAGGAACAGGAACCAACAUUUCUCAUUUUCUCUGAGAGAGCAGCUCGUGUACUUCCUUAAACUAGAUCUUUUGAAAUGGAACUUAAAUCUUUCUUAUUGGUUGUUUCUGUGCUAUAUUCAAGUCAAAUUCAAGGGUCCAGUGCUGUGACUGAUGUGUUUGUGAAGAGAGGAGAUGAUGUACUUCUGGAAGUCAUGGAUGAUGCUCCAAAGGAAUUUUUAGUUCUUGUCUGGAAAUUUAAUACAAGCAAUGUUUUAGUAGGAUAUUCACCUGGUGGAAAACCAAGAGUCUCUGAAGGUUACACUGGAAGGGUUGAGUUCUCUGUGGGAAAUUACUCAGUGAAAUUAAAGAAUCUACAAGAUGACGACAGUGGAGUUUAUACAGCACGGGUGACAGGAGAUAAAGAACAAACAGUAGCUAAAUACAUGGUCACAGUUCAAGGUCCAGUGUCUCCAGUUGAUCUGAAUCCAGACUCUGUGUCCAGCAGCUCAGACUCCUGUAACCUCACUGUGACCUGCAGCACAGAGGGCUCACACAUCAGCAGCACUUUCACAUGUGACACCAAAACCUGCUCUCAGGAGGGAGGAGACCAAUCAAAGGUCACCAACUCUGGUGCUUCCCUCCGUGUCCACCUGUUGAAUGACAUGAUCAUCUGUCACCAUAGCAACCAAGUCAGCUGGACUCAGAAGAAAAUGGCAAAAAUUCAAGAUCUCUGUCUCCAACAUGCUGGACUUGAACAUCCCCGCAACCAUAUUAUUACAAUCAUGAUAGCUGUGAUAGUUGGGAUACUUGUGAUAGCUGUUGUCCUUAUAAUGCUUCUUGGAUGUUAUCGCCAUCGUAAGAGAAGAAAAUAUGACAGAGAGAACAAAGAAAACACAGAAUUUACAGAGUAUGCUGCAGUUGAAACCCCCUAUAAUCAGAAUCAGCGUUCAGCAGAUGGAGACUCAGCUAAUAAUCCGACCUCCAUCUACAGCUUGGCCGGGCCUCCUACAGGACGCAAAGGAUCCACUAAGACUAAAACCAACAAUCAGCCAGAGAGUCUGUAUGCAACGGUAGAUAAGGCUCCCAGGCCCUGAGAGAAAUCAUCAGGAUAUACUGUACAUACAGUACUGUACAUACUGGUGUUAACAUAAAACCCUGUUAACUGGUCCUGACAUGAUCUGGGCUUCACAGUAUUGUACAAACAGUAGAAAUUAAAGUUAGAGUGAUGCAUAAAACCAAAGUAAAAUGUAACAAACAGGAUCAUCACUGUAGUGAGGACCUUUUAAAAUGUUUUACCUGUUUCCAAAAUACAAAAACAAUGAAGGAAUUUGUUGUGUUGACAACAAUGGACAAAAUGAUUGUUCAACUUUGUGCACAAAAGUUUAGAGUUUACAGCACAUGGACGUGGGUUUGAAUGAACAAAUCACAUUUAAUAUUUUAGAUAUUUUGCUUUUCAUAUUAUCUAAGAUACUUGAAGUGAAGCUCAAAGUUGAGGUUACUGCUACCAAAGGAGAUUAUAUUUUAACUAAGUCAUAUUUUAACUUUUAAUAUUUUAAUUUUAAAGGAUUAGAUUCAAUUAUGAAGUGAUUCGUAGGCAGAUUGUAAUAUUUAUUGUUUAAAAACAAUGAAGGAAUAUGUUGUGUUGACAACAAUGGACAAAAAUUCUUUGACAUUAGUUAGAGAUGGCAACGUGUACUUCCAUGGGAAUCUAGAUAGAUAGAUAGAUAGAUAGAUAGAUAGAUAGAUAGAUAGAUGUCUAUCAUCUGGUGGAGAGGGUAAUUUGUUAGAGACAGUGACGUGUACUUCUAUGAAAAACUAGUAAAAGACUGCUGGACCAGAAAUUCUAGUUUUUAGAUUUACAUGUGGAUGUGGGUAAGAAGGCGCCUUGUACUGUUACUGAAUGUGCUGCUGUAUAUCUUAUUGUCUGCUACAUUUCAUGUUUUUUUGAUCUUUAUUCUUCCCCAGGAAGUUGACUCUAAUGACAGGAAUAUAUGUGUGUGUGUGUGUGUGUGUGUGUGUGUGUGUGUGUGUGUGUGUGUGUGUAUUCAAGUUAUAAGAGUCAAAUUCCUGGGGAAAGUCCCCUUUCCUGCGUGAAAUGUGUAAAAAUGUGUAAAAAUUCAAAAUGUGUAAAGUCUGAAAACCUGUCAUGCAGAGUUGUUGCUGUAAAUCUUCAAAUUGUUGCUUUGAGUUAAACUUGUGAUGUUCUUCAUUGAAGUGUCAUUAAAUGUUUUUCAAUCACA